AUGGGGGUAAACCAGUUUUCUGACGCCCAAGAAGAAAGACAAGCGUUUCUCGAGUGGAUUUCUGAUGUUGACUUUACAGCAGUCCAUGAAGAGGUCUGUAGCAAACGAUGUGAAGACACCGGAUCAUGGUUACUUGGAAAUGGCAUUUUCAAGGAAUGGCUCGCCGGCCACUCCUCUCAAGUUUUAUGGUUAAACGGCGGUUGUGUGUCAUCCCACUCUCUCUUAUUCUUGACGGAGCAGCGUCAUAGACUAACAUUUGAUGUUAAAGUCUCAACUGGGAAGAGUGUACUUGCGUCGGUGGCUAUCAAUCAUCUAACCCAAGACGACAACUUCUCGAAAGAUGUGGUCGUAUAUGCGUACUUCGGCCAAGGAACUACAAACGCGCAGUAUGAUACGGUACAAGUGAUGUCCAGCCUGGUUAAGCAGCUAUGUUGGAAGCUACCAUCACUCCCCGAUCCAGCAGUGGGAUUGUACAGUGACUACAGGUUGAUUGCAAGAAUUCCCACAUACCACGACCUUAAGACCCUAUUUCUCAAAUGCUCGCAAUUCUUUGAGCAUGUUUUCAUUGUCUUCGACGGCUUGGAUGCAUACGAGGGUAAAGGCCGUAAGGAAAUACUGAAGUUGGUGUGCGAAUUCGCAGACGACAAAAGCGACAAUCUGAAGAUCUUGGUUGCCAGCCGCAGGGAUCCCGAUAUUUUGCACACAUUUCGUCAUCAUGGAGUACUACAGGUUCAUACUAGGAACCCUUUUGUACAGCAGGAUAUUAGAAAAUUGGUGAAGCAUCGAGUCACAACGGAGUUCGGUCAUAUUGAUCCAGAACUCCAAGAACAUGUUAUCACAACUGUAAUCAAUAAUUCCAAAAACCUGUAUCUGCCUGCUGAACUUCAAUUGAAUGACUUGGCACGAACGCCGGGACCUGAUAUCAAAAGGCAAUUGGAAUCAGUAUCGUGUCCGGUUGAACUGGAGGAUAUAUAUCUCUUUAUAUUUGGAAAAAUAAAUUCCUUGCCAAGAGUGACCAGGACUCUGGCUCAAAAUUGCUUCCUCUGGGCCUUCCACUCUAUGAGACCGCUGGCUUCCGGAGCAUUCAUCGAUGCAGUGUCACUAGAUCUCAAAGCAAAUGCAAAUAAGACAAACUACUAUGACGCCGCAACUCUGAAUGACAUUACAUUUGGUCUUCUAGACGUGCCAGAUCUGAAUAUGAUUGACGUGAAACCCAUUCACCAGUCACUCCAUUACUUCAUGACACAUCCAAGAAGACCUAUUCCGAGCGAACUGAAGGACUUCUUCCCUGACAAAGAGACUGGAGAUGCCAGAAUGUCCAUAAUGUGUCUCCGGCACCUUACGCUCGACAUUGAACCGCCAAAGGACAUUUGGGACACAUGCCUCUUCUACUGUGCUAGAUAUUUCGAUAGUCAUAUCAUUAAACUUUCCGGCAGCUCGGAAGAAUUCUGCACCAUACUCGACCAGCUACGCCUCGAAAAGCUGGAACCUUAUUUGAAGCGAAUCCUGGCCUGGAGAUUUACUUCCAAUGACCGCCAUUACCCUAUCGUUACAUGCAUAGGCUACCCAAAGAUCAUUACUCCCGAAGUCUUUCUCAAAUGUACUGGUAUUUAUAAAACAUCAGUCAUAGCAUUUUGCUAUGAGAUUGGUAGCCCAGAGUGGGAAGCGUGGCCGGCAGAUUGCUUAUUGCUAGCAGCUGCUGUUGGCUGUCGUGACAUUCUCGAGACCUUCAUCUCUGAUGGUGUCGAUAUCAACGAAAUAAUUGACAGAAACACUGCCCUUCAUUGCGCAAUCAAAGGUCUGGCAGCAGGUUACUUUACAGACAGUGGGAUUAUUAAGCUUCUUCUUGAUGCAGGAGCAGACUGGAAUCAUGAUGGUCGCAUUACUCCAAGUGACAUGCCCCCUGAACACUAUGAAACACCACUAAACACUGCUCUUUCAUACUAUGUUGACUCGGCGAUUGAAAUUAUUGUGAAUCAUGAAUCAUUCAAUCUUGCAAAGUACAUGAAAACCUUGCCUGAGAAGCAUCCUGAUUGGGUUCGUGUGUUGGUUAAGCAUGGUGCAGACAUCGAGUAA